UUGUAUUAUGUUCACAAAAUCAACGAUCAUUUGCCAGGGCCACCACGUUCGAGUUUCAUCUUUGGUCAUCUUCUUGAUAUUGAGAGAUACAAAACCUCAACAGGCAGAACAAUGAGCGAAUUUCUGCUGAAAAUACGACUUGAAUACGGACCGAUAUUUGUCUUACAUUUUCUACAUUUGCCUUUCGUGUUCUUGGCGGAUGCGACGUAUUUGCGACAUGUUUUCAUCGACAAUUACAAGAGCCUGCAUAGAAGUCCCUUCCUUUACAGUAAAGCUGGUUUUGUUUAUGGCGAGAGAGGAGCUGGUUGUGGCUUAUUGACCAGCACAAACGAAGAAUUCUGGCGCAAACAUCGGCAAAUUAUGAAUCCCGCAUUUUAUCGUAAGAGCCUUAAAGAAUUUGUCAGUAAUUUCAAUUAUGUCUCUGAUCUGUUUUCAACACGGAUGGAUACAAUUGUCGAUGGUGGCCAGCCGACCAGUAUGGUACAAGAAUUUGGCAAAGUAACUCUGGAAGUUAUAAGUCAAGUGUCAUUCAGUAUUAAUACCCAUGCUCUUGAGGACACAAAUUCCCCCUUUUCAGCAGCAGUAAAGGAUUACCUCAGUGGCGUGCAAGACAAUCUCGACAACCCUUUCAGCCCCACUCUUCUGGGAAUAUUCCAGUUCAAGCUUUUCCAGAAUGCCACCAAAAGAAAGCAAAUUGCUGCAGCUCGAUUUCUCAGAAUGUUUGCCUCGGAUUGUAUCAAAACUCGAAUAAAAGACAUUGGUGAUGGGAAAGCUGUUCCAGAUGACUUGUUAAGCAUUUUAAUAAAAGAUGGCAGUUUGUCAAUGGAUGAUAUAAUUGACGAAUUUGUAACCAUUUUUCUCGCUGGACAAGAGACAACUGCUAAUUCAUUGUCUUUUACCUUGUAUGAAAUCAUCAAUAAUCCCCAUGUUGAGGAGAAACUUUUGAACGAGCUGGACACUGUUCUUGCUGGGCGUGAUUAUGUUGAGUUUAGUGAUUUGGCAAAGUUGACAUAUCUUGGGCAGGUUUUGGAGGAAAACUUGAGAAAACACCCUGUAACGGCACAAGUACCAGGAAUGGUGUCGACAGAAGACAUCACCAUUGGUGGUUAUAUUGUUCCAAAAGGGGAUUUUAUUCACACAAGUCAGACUGACAGAAUGUUGGAAAGACUGACAAUUACUCCACGAGACGGUGUGAUGUGUGAAGUCAGCAGACGUGAAUAA